AUGGCCAAGAUUCUAUCCGGUUGUCCGGUUGUUGAAAAGUUAACAUUGUAUCACUGCCGUGAACUAGAGGUUCUUGAUCUCGGCAAAUCUCCACGUCUGAGAGCAUUAGAAGUAAUAAUAGGUAACAUGACGGUUCCGGUUCCGGGGCCAAGACGGAUUGUGGCACCACACAUCCAUUAUCUCAGAUUUCCUUAG